AUGGACUAUGGCUGUUUCAAAACAACACUCUUCAAAAUCAUCCCAGUACUUAUCCUAUCCACUUUCAGUUAUAUUCGUCGCGACUCUUUACGAAGAAUUCAAUCACUUAUACUGAUCUAUAUGUUACUUUCUCUGCUCUUUUUCCGCUUUUCUCAAUUUAUAGUUUCGUUAAUCAUCUUUAUAACGACUCAGUCCAUUCCAAACAUGAAAAAUGAUGUUCCAAUUAUAGUUUCUUCCCCCUCUCGUCUGACUGAAGAGAUCUCUUCUCGGAUUACUUUAAAACCUUUUCGACUCCCAAAAAGUUUGGGAAAUUGUCGAGUCAUCCGACGGCGGGGAAUUUGCAAUGGAUUGGCUCCAUCAACCAAAUCUUCCACAAGACGCUCCAAUCGUCUUAAUUUAUCAUGGACUUGCUGGGGGGUGUCGAGAGUCGUAUGUCGCACGCUUCGCCUAUUGCGCGAACAAGCGCGGGUACCGCGCUUGUGUUAUAACGAGUCGUGGGUGUGCGGGGACGAUAUUAAAGACGUCGCAUUCAUUCACUUCGACCAACUUAGACGAUGCCAUUUCUGCAUUUAA